AUGAAUGAUAUAUUAAAACUAUUACCCAUAUAUUUUCCAGCUGCCUUCAAUGCUGAUGUUCUUAGAAAACUCAACAUCGACAUUGGCACUCUGCCGCAAAGAUCUCAACAUAUAUUACGUCAGACAGCAGAUAAUCUAUAUUCCCUGAAAAUAGACCAGCUAGAUUCUACGGCUAUCUCUCUUCAACACUCCAGGCUUGAAGUGGAGCGAAUGGAAGGCGAAUAUGAAAUAUUAAAGGUUAAGCAGAAAAAUGCAGAGUUACAAAUGAAAAUAGAUAGCAACAAAAUGUUUUUGAAUGGCCUUAGAAGAGAUUUAGAAUGUUCGAAGGAGUUCUUGGCAUCGCAAACCCCUAAUCCUGAAAAUAUACGAGAGCAUUUUAGGCAACUAAAGUUAAAAGUAGCUACAUAUGAAGAGAACUAUGAAAAAGCAAUGGCCAAAUUCAACAAAUUGUCGGUACCACCCCACCUGUAUCCCAAGUCACUGUUGACGCUAGCGAGCACGCUGGCGACGUUACGUGCCGAGGCGGAAACGUUACGGCAACGUGCCGACGACGUGUUGCUCGCGAGAGAAGCGAGGAGUACCAUCAACAGACUGAGGAGAUAG